AUGGCGGUCAACAUCCCCGGAGUCAUUUCAAUGGUGUUCUUCUACCUUGUGGUGCUGGGGACGGGCAUCUGGGCUUCUCUCAGGUCCAGGAGGGAACAGAAGAGACAGGGCGCAUCUGAGAUCGAGAUGACUCUGCUGGGGAACCGAAAAAUCAAGCUGGUGGUGGGAGUCUUCACCAUGACAGCCACAUGGGUUGGAGGGGCCUUCCUCGUGGGCACCACGGAGAUGGUGUACACCCCCUCCAUGGGGCUGACCCGGGUCAUCAUCAUGCUAUUGGCCUACGCCGUGUCAUUUAUUCUCUGUGGCUUUGUGUUUGCUAAACCGAUGCGAGAGCUCAAAUGUGUGACCAUGAUGGACCCCUUCAAGCGACGGUACGGUGGCGGCUUCAGCGCAGUCAUGUGUAUGGCCUCCGUGUGCAGUGACGUUCUGUGGAUGGCUACAACACUGGUGGGGUUAGUAACCCACACGCUUCAUCACACCGCCUCCCAGCAUCAGAACCUCUGUGAAGCACUUCAAGGAUGA